AUGGCUCAGGAGGAACCCAGGCCAUCUCGGCCCGGGAUCAUCAGUCUUCUCAAUCCAACAUCAUGGUGGCCAAAGCUGGAGCUGGACUCCCGGACCGUACUCAUGAUGAUGAAAGGCGCGUUGGCGCCGACUAUCACUAUUGCCAUAUACCAGAGUAGUGCAAUCUCCGAUAUAACCACUACUAUUGGCUAUCUGUCAGCCUUGAUAUCGGUUUUAUCCCAGGCCUUGAUGCCGCGAGCAAAGUUUAUGAAAAUUAUAUUCUAUGACAUACUAUCUGCAUGCGUAUCAGCAUCCCUCUGCUGCCUGGCUGUAUUCUGUGCGGUCCGGGCCAGGGAGCACAAUACCCCUGCAGAUGCCAGCGAAAGUGUGCGUACUGGAUACAACAGUGACGCUUGUGCCGUGGCUGCGAUCUGGCUGAUCUUCAUGAUUUGGGGUGCAAAUUCAUUACGUGCGCUGAAACCAAUGGAGCUACAGGAUCCAAUGGUUGCGUUUUCCAUUUUUGCUUCGGUCACCAUCACCCGCGCAGGCAUGUUCACAACCCUUUCCGAAGGUCUUGAGUUUGUUGCGCGACUUCUGAAGGGGUUCAUGAUUGGGUUUGCCAUUGCGACCGGUGUCUCACUGCUAAUUGUCCCCAUAACAAGCAGAGGCAAUGUGUUUCACGACAUGAAAGACUAUGUCGCAUCGGUAGAUGAUCUUCUUCAAUCUCAAAUUCUAUUCAUGAACGACAGCUCCAUGACCGGACUUUUCAGCCGGCGGGGUCUGCUUCGCCGCGCACGGACCGCGAUGAGUACUCGAGAUAUGCAGAGCGAGGGUGAGGCAGAUCUGCAGUCUAAACAAAAGGCGCUCCAGGCAUCCAUGACUAAACUCAAUGGCUUACACACUAAGCUGCACGCUGAUCUUUUCUAUUCCAAAGAUGAGAUCGCAUGGGGUAAACUGUCAGCAGACGAUCUGAGCAGCAUUGUCUCUCUCUUCCGGAGUCUUCUUCUUCCACUGGCUGGAAUGUCGAUGUUGCCCGAGAUCCUGGAGACAAUAAUCAAGAAUGAAGGAAAUGACGACGCGCGGGAAGACAGUGAUGAUCCUGACGAAGGGGCACGGAAGCAAUCUGAAAUCCAGAAAGUGGUGGAGACAAACCACGCGCGGCUGGUGGAUGCCUCGUACCUGGUGAAGCAGGGACUAAGCCAUUUCUUGCUAGCCUUGGAGCUUAUUAAACCUAAGCAUUUGGACAAGCAAAAAAAGACGCACCGUGGUGGAUCCCAUGCCAGGGACGAAGAAGCAAGGGGUGAAACUUUGAGCCCGCUCCAGCCAGACUUCACCUCCUGCUUUGAACAACAACUGCAUCGUUAUUACUCUCGUCGGAAAGAUCUUCCGGAGGCGCUGGCAUCUCUUGAGGCAUUUUCUGCAUCGGAAAAGAUUGAUGCCGCCGCUGCUGCUGCUACUAGAGUGCCUUCUGGGAUACUAGGCGCGGACCCAGAUGUGAGGCAGGAAUUCUUCUUGAUCCUGUUUAUGGGACAUCUGCAAGAUGAUCUUCUUAACGCCACACUGCAGUUGGUCAAGUUCGCAGAUAGCAAGGUUGCUGAUGGGACAAUGAAGCGCGCCCGAUUGAUCUUUCCCAAGCAGAAGUCUAUUCGCCAGUGGCUCUCGCUCAGUGCAGACCAGAAGGAGACUAAGCAAUCAGAUAGUCGGCAGUCAUCCCAAGUGGACCCCUCGAACAUACAUCGUGCUCCAGUAUUUACUGGAUUACCUGAUCCAGAACAUCUUCCACCAGCGAACAUUUGGGAAAAAGGAAGUACCGUUCUACGCACUAUUUCCCAUGUCAUCAAAUCGGAGCAAAGCGCCUUCGGCUUCCGUGUGGCUUGCGCUUCAUUCUCUGUGGCUAUCCUUGCAUUCCUCCAUCAAACACAAGACUGGUUUGUUCGGCAAAGAUGCAUUUGGGCCAUGAUUGUCAUUGUUAUCGGUAUGAACCCGACCAGUGGACAGACUAUGUUUGGAUUCGUUGCACGAAUAGUAGCGACGGCGAUAUCACUUGCCCUGAGUUUGAUAGUCUGGUACAUCGUUGAUGGCAAGACUGCUGGGGUAAUAGUAUUUCUGUAUCUUGCCAACGUCUUCGAGUAUUUUGGAGCCUCGAUCAUCGCAAUUGUCACUUUGAAUGUGAUUGUCGGAUACGAGCUACAGGUUCGCAAACUGGGAAUCACUGAAGCAGAAUCAAAUGGCCAACCGUACUACCCAAUCUACAUCUUUGGCCCAUACAAACUAGCCGCGGUAGCAGCGGGAUGCGCAAUCUCCUUCUUCUGGGUAAUCUUCCCAUACCCAAUAACAGCAAAAUCACAACUCCGCAAACUCCUGGGCAAAAGUCUUUUCGUGCUUGCCAAGUUCUACAGCGCUAUGCAUACAACAAUAGAGCUGUGGCUUGGCAACGAAUUAGGGGACAUCAAGGAUGAAAACUCACCAGCCCACCAACUCCUGACCUCCCGACACAAAAUAUUCAAAGAAGAGAUGAUGCUCCUGAAUGGUCUCCGUAUGCACAGUCACUUCAGUACCUACGAGCCUCCUAUCGGCGGCAAGUUCCCAAAGGAAAUUUACGAUAACAUCAUUUCGGAGAUCCAGCGUAUUCUAACCAGCAUGUCGCUAAUGGCACAUACAACACAGAGCCUAGAAGUGCUGGGCAUUGAACCCGAAUCUCCAGAAAGUGACGAUGGAGACAAGUGGAAAGCUCGACUAGCGGAGAUCGCAUUACAGUCAACGGAUUUCAAUUCCCAUCGCAUUACCUCCUUGCUAUGUCAUUUGUCAGCUUCAAUAGCGAAUGCGCAGCCUUUACCACCGUACCUUUCUACGCCAGAAUCGUUUCCGCUCGCAAGACAGAUGCAUCAGAUUGACGACGAGCUGCUGAGUAUUCGCCACGUACGGGAUCCGGCGUUUUCGGCAUUCGUGUCGCUGGAGGUACUGAGGUCUGUUGUCAGUUUCAGCUUGCAGGAUUUGAUUGUGUAA